CAGACGAAAGUCGUAUGCUCAGUGAGGCUGUUCAGCGUCAAGGAGGAGCGAUCGAUUGUGCGGGGCUUUGCUUUUGUGGGCUGCCUGCCUUGUCUGGAAAGGAAGGCAAGAGGGAAGGAGGCUUAUGGGAGCUGUGAUGCCCGGAUGGACCCUGAGUGGGCGACUAGGGACCCUCCCUUCAACUCCCUUCCUAACCAGUUCAUAGGCUGACCACUCUCUUUCCACAAACCUUGUCCUCAGCCCCAAACUCUGCAACAAGUCUCCAGCUCCUCUGCUCAUGUGCAGAGUGCUUUCAAUGGACAGCAACACAACUGUGAUGCAACCAAAUUAAACAAUUAAUGUAUAGUUCCCCAGGGGUUGAUCUUAAGCAUGGAAACAACCAGAUCUGAUCUACUGUUUUGUAAGGAGGCAAGAAAGUAACUUCCACUGCACAGUGGGGUGGCUUACUUCCAGCCAUGGAGGAAGCUAGUGCUGUUGAAGAAGGGGAAGUGACCUCAGGGAUGCAGUCCUUAGCAGUGGAAGAUGGGCCUGCCCCAGAGCUGGAAACUCCCACUGAGGAACAAGAUGAGGCACCCAGGGAAGCAGAGGGGGAGCAGUCAGAGAAGGGAGAAGAUGACUCUGCUGAAGAGGAUUGGUGUGUCCCCUGCAGUGAUGAGGAACUGGACUCCCCAGACAACUGGAUGCCUCCCCCCACUGAGAUCCGGCGCCUCUAUGAGCUCAUUGCUGCCCAAGGGACCCUAGAGCUCCAAGCAGAAAUCCUGCCCAGGCGUAACCCCACUCCAGAGCCUGACAGCGAAGAUGAAGAUAAAUCGGAAGGGGAGCCUGAGAACCAGGAAGAAGAGGAGGAGGAGAAGCCUCAUGUGCCAACAGAGUUUGAUUUUGAUGAUGAGCCUUCCUCACCCAAGAGCUCCUUGAUUGAUCGUCGAAGAACCCCUGGGACCUUGGCCAAGAGCCAGAAGAGGGAGGCCCGCAUGGACAAAGUGCUUUCGGACAUGAAGCGUCACAAAGUCUUAGAGGAACAAAUUAUGAAGACUGGACGAGACCUCUUUGAUCUUGACUCAGAUGAUGUACCCACGCCAAAACGGCCACCAGGUCUCUUCUUGCGCCAGCGCAAAUACUGACCACAGUGAAGAAGAUGAAUUGGUUGAUUUGGGGCAGAGGUGGAGGCUUUGCAUCAAAUAGAGAAGGGGAAGGCAAUAAGUGCAUGGACCCAUUUGACUAGGCAAGGCCUUGGACUUAUCUUAGAUCCUGUACUAACUGCAGGAGGUGUGUGUGUUUAGUUACUUGGAUGUAAUAAAAACUCUAUGAGUUCA